AUCUCAAACUCAUCAAAAGCGACGGCGUUUGGAGAAAAAAAAAAUCUGAGAUUUUAAAGCCCCAAACUCCGAUCCUCUCUAUUGAAACUCUUUCUCUGCCAAAUCAAGCAUAAGAAUUAAUUAAGCAAAAAAACUUUGAGAGCUAUGGCAGAAGAUCUAGUGCUAGACACGGCGAUUAGAGAUUGGGUGUUGAUUCCGCUGUCUGUAGUUAUGGUCCUGAUCGGAGUCCUUCGCUACUUCGUAUCUAAGCUCAUUCGUUCCCAUCAGGCCCCCGAUGCUAAGAUUAUCAAAGAAGGACAAGUAAUCGUGAGGGCUCGGAAUUUGAGAGCUGGAGCUAAUUUUUUACCUCCCAAGUCUUUCCGUGCUAGAAGAAUUUAUUUCAGCAACGAGGAAAAUGGAUUGCUACACGUUCCAAAGGGACAAGCGCAAAAUCCACAAGCUCAAAUGUUUUCUGAUCCAAAUAUGGCCAUGGAUAUGAUGAAAAAAAACCUAUCAAUGAUUAUUCCUCAGACUCUUACUUUUGCCUGGGUCAACUUUUUCUUCUCUGGAUUUGUUGCAGCCAAGAUACCCUUUCCACUGACUCAGAGGUUCAGGUCAAUGUUGCAAAAUGGGAUUGACUUGAGUACUGUUGAUGUUAGUUAUGUCAGUAGUCGCUCAUGGUAUUUUCUUAAUUUGUUUGGAUUAAGAGGCUUAUUCAGUCUUAUUCUGGGCGAGGAAAAUGCUGUGGAUGACACACAACGCAUGAUGCAAAUGAGUGGUUUUGGUUUUGAUCCAUCUAAGAGUUUGAGCGCUGAGAAAGACGGUCUUGACAUACUUCAGCAUGACUGGGCCCUACCCAAGUUCGAACAGCGAGCAGAAGCAGUAUUGAGAAAACUUGUGAGUUGAACGUUGGCAGCAUUAUUGGUAUAGUCUCUGCCUGGUGUGAUUUCCAGAGCUGCCAAGAGUCGAUAAAGAUGUGCUGCAGCUUGAUGGCAGACUGCAGUUAUAACAAAUUUUAUGAACUGGUAACUUUGCUAUUGUAAGUUUCAGAUUGGCCUCACUGUAACAAUUGAAGAAUUUUUGUAGAUUGUGGGCUACGGUAAAGGUUUUUUUCGAUUCUGAAAUUAUGUUAGACCCAUAUUCUUUUUAAGAGUAGGAGUUCACUCGGUGUAUUUCACUUAUGAUUGCUAAAACAAAGUAAAACAUGUCAAAUUUUGACUAUUUAAUAGAGUUGCUCUUAUGAA